AGCUGCAUUUGGUAAAAAGGUUCAUAGCCAAGAACAUUAUGAGGCUGCAGCGUCUGGGGAUAACCCAUGUUCUGAAUGCAGCAGAGGGGAAGUCAUUCAUGCAUGUCAACACUAAUGCAGAGUUCUAUGAAGGCACAGGCAUCAGAUACCAUGGCAUUAAAGCUAACGAUACACAAGAAUUUAACCUCAGUCGCUAUUUUGAGGAGGCAGCUGAUUUUAUUGAGAAAGCACUUUCCCAAAAGGAUGGACAAGUGUUUGUGCAUUGCCGUGAGGGCUACAGCCGUUCUCCUACACUCGUGAUCGCCUACCUCAUGCUUCGCCAGAAUAUGGAUGUCAAGUCUGCGUUGAGCACUGUCCGGCAGAAGCGAGAGAUUGGCCCCAAUGAUGGCUUUCUAAGGCAGCUUUGCCAGCUCAAUGAGCAAUUAGUGAAGGAGGGCAAACUGAAGCCCUAGAGCAGAGCACUGCAGUAUUUUUUUGAAGUUUCUCAAACCAUCAGAGAAUGUCUUAGGUGCUUUAGAUUCCCAACCACCAAGCUAAAUCACAUAAUGUGAGGGAGACAGAAUUCCUGCUCUUGUCUAGUGGAAGUAUCUUUCUUGGACUCUGAGUCUGUCUUUCAAGAUGGCACAGAAGUGUGUCACUGUUCAGAGCUGUUGCAAUAAAGAGGUGUUUUUAGAGGGGUAACUGCAGUGGUGACAGCUGCCUU